CUACCAUUCGCUCAUCCCCCCCCCUUCUUUGAGCCUAAGGCUACCUCCAACGCCUUACGACAUCUUUGCUUGCCAAUUCUCGAUCGCUCAUGAAGUAAGCUGCCUCGCUUCCUAGCACAACAUCAUGGACCCCACGACGGCGGAGGUCGGUGGGGUGAAGCCGAGCCGGCUGCUCGCAGUAGGAGAGGUAGUCGAGGUCCAAGGCUCGGGCAAGCGACCGUACCGAAUCAAGAGAACCGUCAAGGGACACUACACCUGUACAUGCUCCUCCUUUCAGAACGCUCAGGGUGCCUCGUCCGUCGCCGCUCGGUCCUGUCCUCACCUCGCAAAGAUUCUCGGCAAGGAAUACGAGGCCGCCCGACAGCGCGCUGCGGGUCCUACCGACGCGACGGCACCUACGUACGCAGAGUCAAAGCGCCAAAAGAAGGAAGCAGCGCCCUUCGACUGGGAGGAAUACGUCGCCGCUCGAGAACGGGUGCGAGAGGAGCAGCAGGCGGGCACGAGCAGCAGCAGCGGCAGCAGCGGCAGCAGCAGCAACAGGUCCAUGCUCGGCCCAAAGGGCACAUCCCUAGGGGAGGGGUACGAGACGGACUGGAGGGGUAAUUGCACCUUCAACGGUCGCGCUAUCAGAAAGGAUUUCGACCCUACGAGCGCCAUUGCCAUCAUGCAGGCCGAGAAGUGGGAUACAAAGCUGGAUCCUACAGGCUGGUGGAUGAGCGAGAAGCUCGAUGGCGUUCGAGCGUAUUGGACGGGAGAUCGGCUCGUCUCUCGUACCAAUCUGGAUUGGAAAGCUCCUCAUUGGUUCAUCGAGAAACUGCCGAAAGGCUUUGCCUUGGACGGGGAGCUCUGGCGCGAGAGGGACGGGUUUGAGGUCUUGAGCGGCAUGUGUCAGAGGGCCGACACUCGGGCUUGGUCGACGAUCAACUUCUUCGUCUUCGAUGCGCCCGACGUCGAGGCGCCGUUCGAGAAGAGGAUGGAGGAGGCAAGGAAGCGAGUGCCUGAUGGGGAAUUGACCCCAGACGAGGCGCUGAGAGGGAGGUUUGGUGGCAAGGUGGCAACUCUGCCUUUCAUUGCGUGCGAGGGGCAGGCUCACCUGGACAGAUAUGUUGACGCCAUCAUGUUGCAGGCGGGGGAGGGUGCGAUGCUGCGCAGGCGCAAUAGCCCCUACGAGAGGAGGCGCUCGAUGCACUGUCGCAAGGUCAAGAGGUGGGACGAUGGAGAGGGAGUGAUGGAGGGAACCAAUCGCGGCGUCGGCGCCCGGAGCCACCGCCAUGAGUCUCUGCGCGUCCGCAUGGCUUCGGGCAAGGCCGUCGAUAUUGGGAUGGGCAUGACCGAGUCGAUGCACUUGGGGAACGACUUGCCCGAGAAGGGCGUCCUUGUCAAGUACCGUUGCAGCGGAUUGUUCCAAGACGGCACGCCCCGCAUCCCGGUCUACGAGGGCGUAUGCUAUGACCGCACGCAGCCAAAGGACCCUGAAGUCGCCGCUACACAGAUCCGCAAGAAGCGGAAGCAAGACGACGAAGAGUUCCUAAAGGCAGUGGCUGCCGACCUCGAGGCUGCUCAGCUCGUGCCGCCGUGGGAGGUGUGAGGGAGGAGCAGGGUUGAGGGUGAAAGAGGAGGUGUGAGGGAGGAGAGAGGAGAGAGCGAGCAACGUCAUUAGAGUCAUCUAUACCAUCAUCAUCAUCGUCAUCACCAUCGUCGUCGUCAUCAUCAUCAUCAUCAUCAUCAUCAUCAUCAUAAUACGCACCACGACGAGCCUUCUUUCAGUCCUUGUCGUUGCUCUAUAAUGCGAU